GAAUAAGAGAUGGGGCGGUUUUCUCGGCCGGAAAAAGAGAUAGUCCAGUUGGCGGCAUUAGCGUGAAGAAUGGCAUUCGUAAUGCCUUUUGUUGGGGUACGCAGUUACGCACCACUCUCGCUUUCCCUACCUCGUCGCCGAUCCCGUUCUCCUCCCUCCGCCUCUCUUCUUCGCCGUCGUCCCCAUGUCACUUCCUCAGCCUGAUUCCUCCUUUGAAGUCAUCGGAGGUGCCCGUGAUCGCUUCCUCCCUUCUCUCGGUUACCUGUCCCGUCCUUACACUCCUUACCCCUACAUCGCUUCGAAUCGUCAUGUAGAAACCAUUUUUGCCUCCUUUUUCAGGUCUCCUCCGAAAGUCAGAUACCGCCGUCAGUGUAUUCGCACCAAAGACGACGGCGUUGUUGCUCUCGAUUGGGUUUCCGGCGACGAUCGACUCUUGCCUCCCGAUUCUCCCGUCCUUCUUUUGCUGCCAGGUUUAACUGGGGGCAGUGAAGCUUCCUAUGCGAGACAUAUGUUGGUUAGAGCCCGAAAUAAAGGAUGGCGCGUUGUCGUCUUCAACAAUCGUGGCUGCGGAAGUAGCCCUGUUAUCACUCCACAGUUCUAUUCAGCUUCGUUUCUAGGAGAUCUGUGCGAGGUAGUCUCCCACGUCAACGCCCUAUACCCUGAUGCUAAUGUGUAUGCUGUCGGUUGGUCACUUGGGGCUAACCUUCUUGUUCGUUAUCUGGGUCAGGAAUCCCACAAUUGUCCUCUUUCUGGUGCUGUGGCGUUGUGUAAUCCUUUCAAUUUGGUUUUGACAGAUGAUAACUUCCACAAGGGCUUCAACAAUGUUUAUGACAAGGCCAUCGCAAAAGGUCUUCGCAAAAAUUUCAAGAAGCAUGCUUUCCUCUUUGAGGACAUUGGUGGUGAAUAUAACAUUGAAUUAGCGAAAAAUGCCAAGUCUAUCAGGGAAUAUGAUGAAGGACUGACCCGUGUUUCUUUUGGUUUCAAGUCAGUGGAUGAAUACUACUCCAAUUCCAGCAGCGCAGAUUCAAUAAAACAUGUUCAAACUCCUUUGCUCUGCAUCCAGGCUGCCAACGAUCCGAUUGCUCCUUCUAGGGGAAUCCCUCGUGAAGAUAUCAAGGAAAACCCAAAUUGCUUGUUAAUAGUGACACCCAAAGGCGGCCAUUUGGGUUGGGUUGCGGGUGGUCAUGCUCCAUUUGGAUCACCCUGGCCUGAUCCUCUGGUAAUAGAUUUUCUUCAACAUCUGGAGAGUGCAUCCGCUAAGUCUGGUACAUCUUGGUUAAAUCCACAAGGCGAUCGUCAAAGCAAAGAGGCAUCGCAUCACCUUGAAGUGUAAUUUUAGUACUUUGGUAAACAUUUCAGUCUUUACACAUUACAUGCAUACUUGAGAAUAUACUUGGUAAUCAUACCAUUCGGAGUUCCCUGAAUGCUGCUGCCGAGGACAACUAUAUUCUGACUUGUCUAUCCGCUGCAUGUGGUCAGGACUCAUGAUUUAAGAAAAUUUCCUCAACCGUGCCAAGAUAAUAGUGCCUUGUGUAUCUUAAUGCUACGGAUAACAUCUGGACAGAAACCAGAAAAGGCAUUUUAGUACUUGAUCUUGCCCUGUUCUCAU